AAGGCGGAGUGCUGCGCCGCCGGCCACGCGCGGAUUCGGCCGCUGCCGCUGCCGGAGGCCGUGAAUCUUAGCCGAGGCUUCGAGUGGUGGCACAGCUCCCAAGACAAGAGGAUUCAAUGGAGAGAUCAUCCAGCGCUGGAUGAACGGCAACUGAGAUGGGAGAAGGAGAUGGAAAAUGUGAGCAAUGUGAUACGAGAGAAAGUUCAAGACCGGGAUCUCACGGUGCAUUUCUUCAAAUCUGCGAUGGAGGUCACCUCAGGAGAGGUGAAGGGGUACAUCACUGGAGAAGACCACUAUGCACUCGACAUGCUCCGAAGCACAUCGCCCGCGCCGAUCUUCCUGGAUAUUGGUGCGAACAUGGGAAUGGUGAGUAUUUUGCUGGCGAAGAAGUGGCCCAAUGCCCGGAUCCUGGCUGUGGAACCAGCUCCAACGACCUUCCGCUAUUUGCUGUGGAACCUCCGGGCCAAUGACGUUCUGGCGCAAGUCUGGCCACUGAACCUGGCCGUCUCAACAGCUCGUCGCUCCGUGCGGAUGUCGCACCUCUCCAGUGGACACGUUUGGACGGGCCAGGUGCCGGCGAAUGCGUCUUGGACUCCCUCGCACGUGCUGAAGAGCGACUCCGUCUUUGACGUCUCGACGGCCUCCUUGCCGGAGCUGCUGGCAGGUUUCGGGAUGGGCCACCAAGUGGAUUUCCUGAAGCUGGACUGCGAAGGCUGUGAAUGGGAAAUCUUGUCCAAGUGGAGCUUCUUACAACACCUCUUUCAAGACGUCUCGGUGGAACUUCACAACGGGGCCUUCUACAACAUCAGCUUGUUGAUUGCUGAAGAGGAUCGAAUCAAGUUGCAAGAGCAGGUGUUGAAGAGUGAACUGUGCCAACACCGUGUGACCUAUUUCUUCGGGGUGAAGUGCCGGUCCUACGGCGAAGCCGGAAACUUGGGUGCUGGCGUGCCUUCGGCGAACCACUCGUAGUUCUCCUUAUGGUGAAGAUCAUCCAACGUCAGCUGUACCCUGCUGCAGCUGCUGCAGCUGCAGGAGAUCGAAUCCAUGUUGGUGGACCAUGAAGGGUUUGAUGAGUUGAACGGCUUUUCAUGGUGCAGCUCAUGCUGUCGGAGCUGACGUGCUACGUAGUGACGCCCGCUAGUGAUUUGAGGAUCAAGUUUCGCACCAGCUGAGCUGCUGAGAAGAUGAGAAGAUAGAAGGGAUGGGCUUGGGGGUGGCAGGGAAUCCAAAACCAGCUUCGAUGUCCAUGUCUCACACACUUUAAGCGCAAAUUCCAA